GACGAGGCAAUGAUCACGCAACAGUCAGCAAGACUGUUGCAGCCCCUCGAGCCACCCCAACGACCUUGGCAACAUGUGACAAUGGAUUUUGUCACCGGCCUGCCGGUCGGACCAAGUGGUAAUAAUGCGGUUCUUGCUGUCGUUGACCGCCUCACGAAAAUGGCCCACUUCGCGUCAUGUUGCACGACGAUCACAGUCGAAGAAACCGCUCGUUUGUUCAUCUCGACCGUCGUUCGCCUGCAUGGUAUCCCUAUGGCGUUCAUGGGUGACAAUGAUCCGAAAUUCACCUCGCACUUCUGGCAAGACACGUGGAAGCGAUACGGCACCCGCCUACAAUUCUCAUCCGCCUAUCAACUGCAAACUGACGGACAGACAGAACGGACAAAUCAGACCAUGGAACAGUUGAUUCGCACGAACUGCCCAGAUAUCCGCGAGUGGGAAGAUUCGCUACGCAUGCUCGAGUUUUCCUACAACCACGCACCCUCCGCUGCGACCAAUCAUUCACCCUUCUUCCUUAAUUAUGGGAUGCAUCUGAUCUGAGGGCGACACCUGGGUUCCCUCG